UGAUCAGUGCCAGCCGAUCGGUCGGUAGAGAGAAGUGCGUCGCGAGUCCAAAAAGAAAAUCGAGCCCGCAGAAAGUGCCAGUGAAUAGACUGAUAAAACGAACAAAAAUGAAAGCUUUCAUUAUCGCCGGAGUGUGCGUGUUGAGCGUGCUGAGCCUGGGAUCCGCUCAGUUCCAGAACGGACGUCUGGAGCCGCCAAAUCCGCAGCUCUGUGCCCAGCGUGUCAUUCACGAGAAAACUCCCGACGGCAAGGGUUACUUCUUCUCGUGGCGCGACCCUCAGCUGAAGGGCGUGGAGGAGGACUGGCUGACCGCCAGGAACUACUGCCGCAGGCGCUGCAUGGACUCCGUUUCGCUGGAGACCAGUUUGGAGAACGAGUGGAUCAAGCAGUAUGUGGUGCGCGAGAAUGUGAAAUACAUCUGGACCAGCGGCCGCUUGUGCGACUUCAAGGGCUGUGACCGCCCCGAUCUGCAGCCCACGAACAUCAACGGUUGGUUCUGGACCGCCACGCUGCAGAAGCUGGCCCCAACCACUGAGAGGAACCAGGGCGAUUGGUCGCCCACCGGCGGCAUUGGCCUGCCCCAGCCGGACAACCGCGAGUACAAGCAGAAUGGAGCGCCGGAGAAUUGUCUCGCCCUGCUGAAUCAGUUCUACAACGAUGGCGUGAACUGGCACGAUGUGGCAUGCCACCACAAGAAGAGCUUCGUCUGCGAGGAGAACGAUGCCCUGCUGAAGUAUGUGCGCUACACGAACCCCAAUCUGCGCAUCUAAGAGGAUUACGAUCGGGAUAAGGAUCCGAAUGCGGAUGCGGGCUGGCGGCAGGACCAGCGACACUCUCCAAGUAAAACCAAAAAUGAUAUUCCCCAAAUCGGCAGCGGGAACGAUGAUCGAUGUCAACUAUAUGUCUAAUCUCCGAUUGUCUUUGAAUGCAAAGUUUUCUGGCCAAAUUGCUGCAUGAUAUACUUACUUAUGAACCCUAUCCUGGUAACCACCUUCCAAUUCUCUGCGCUCUGUUCUGUCUCAUCAACUAGUUUAAUUCUUAAUUUUGUAUUAAUUUAUGAUUUUCCUUAAUUAUAAUAAAAGAUUCGAAACGAUUUUGAUAA